UUCACACAUCUGAAACCCUAAAAAACUGAAAAACAAAACAUGAAAAUGUCAUCUGAAUUCCUCCUCUUCUUCUUCUUCAUCUUUCCCCACUCCUCACCACUCCACCUGCUAUGGCUCCUCCUCCUUACCACAGUUUUCGGCCUCUGGCUAACCCCAGGCGGCCUCGCAUGGGCUCUAUCCCGGGCCAAAUCCCGCACCCACCCCGCCAUUCCCGGGCCCUCCGGUCUCCCGCUCCUCGGCCUGGCCCCCGCCUUCGCAAGCCCCCUCACCCACCGAAUCCUCGCAUCCCUCUCCAAAACCCUCAACGCCACACCCCUCAUGGCCUUCUCCGUGGGGUCCACGCGCCUCGUCGUCGCCAGCAGCCCCCACACCGCCAGGGAGAUCCUCAGCAGCCCCGCCUUCGCGGACCGCCCGGUCAAAGAGUCGGCCCGCGAGCUCCUCUUCCACCGGGCCAUGGGGUUCGCGCCAUGCGGAGACUACUGGAGGGGGCUCAGGAGGGUCUCGGCCGUUCAUCUCUUCAGCCCGAGGCGGCUGGCUGGGCUCGAGGGGGUGAGGAGGGAGAUAGGGUUGGAGAUGAUGGAGAAGAUUGCAAGAGAAAAUGGUGAAGUUGAGGUGAGAAGUGUGUUGCAUUUUGGUGCAUUGAAAAAUGUGAUGAGGGGUGUGUUUGGGAAAUGGGGUGAUGGCUGUGGUGUUGUGGAGUUGGAAGGGUUGGUGAGGGAAGGGUAUGAGGUGUUGGGGAUGUUCAAUUGGAGUGAUCAUUUUCCUGUUUUGGGGUGGAUGGAUUUGCAGGGAGUGAGGAGGAGGAGUAGGGAUUUGGGGGGGAGGGUUGGGGUUUUUGUGGGGAAGAUUGUGGAGGAGCAUAGGGUCAUCAAAAGGGAGGAUCAUAAUCAAUGUUUUCUUGAUGUUUUGCUUGAUUUGGAGGAGAAUAGGUUGGAGGAUUCUGACAUGAUUGCUCUUCUUUGGGAAUUGGUAUUUAGGGGAACUGAUACCGUUGCAAUUCUGUUAGAAUGGAUUCUUGCAAGAAUGAUUCUUCAUCCGGACAUCCAAACCAAGGCCCAACACGAAAUCGACACCGCAAUCGGCGGGAACGCAACCGUAAUAACUGAUUCCGACCUAGUAAACCUCCCUUACCUCCAAUACAUAGUGAAGGAGACACUCCGGAUGCACCCUCCGGGCCCACUCCUCUCAUGGGCCCGGCUGGCGAUCCACGACACCAGUGUGGGACAACACUUUGUCCCAGCGGGCACGACUGCCAUGGUCAACAUGUGGGCCAUAGCGCAUGAUGAGAAGGUAUGGGCAGAGCCCAAAAAGUUUAGGCCUGAGAGGUUCAUAGAGGAAGAUGUUGCGAUCAUGGGGUCGGAUCUCAGAUUGGCACCGUUUGGGUCGGGUAGGAGGGUGUGCCCCGGUAAGGCCAUGGGACUUGCUACGGUCCAUCUUUGGCUGGCACAAUUGCUUCGUACCUUUAGGUGGAGUGCUUCAAGUGAUUAUGGAGUGGAUUUAUCGGAAUGCUUGAAAAUGUCCAUGGAAAUGAAGCAUCCAUUGGUUUGCAAAGCUAUUCCUCGAGGGUUCUUCAACUAAUUUGAAUUUGAGCUUCAAGUUCAAGGUCAAAAUUGGAAUGACAAGAAAGUCAACGAGAUGUGAAGGACUAUGGUAUCGAUCGUAUUGCAUGGUGUUUGUUUGGAAGGUAUAUGAAAAACAAUGUGAGGUUGAGUGUGUGCUUUUGUAAUUAGUGAGUAUUUGGUUUUUAAAUGAUGUAUUGUCAUUUAUUUUUCUUGCUUGUUUCUGUAUUGUCACGAGACAAGGUUGUCAUUGCAAUUAAUGUCAUGAACUAUUUCUUGUGGAUAA